CCACACUCACUAAAGCGGAUACUCCGGCUGUAGAAAAAGAAAACUGUGCUUUCGCACGUCGAUGAGUAAAGGGAACCCCCUGAAGCUAGUAACUAGCUAGCAAAGUGUGGGAAGAUGGAAGAUGAGGAGAUCGCUGAAAGCUGGGAAGAAGCUGCCGACAGUGGGGAAAUGGAGAGACGGUUGGAGGAGAAACUCCGCAUCAGUCAAAAAGAGAGACUCUCAAGGGGGAAUUCGGGUCGCUCACCAAUAAAGGCCAUCGUGAUCCAAGACGACUCCCUUCCAUCUGCACCACCUCCACAAAUCCGCAUUUUAAAACGACCCACCAGCAACGGAUCCUUGGGGCCGUCUGUAACACAGAGCCGACCCUCCCCACAAGUGAAGUCUUUAGCUCAGAGGGAGGCGGAAUACGCCGAAGCCAGGAAACGGAUCCUCGGCAGUGCUGAUGACACACCUCAGGAGAGACCCACAUCAGAGAGGUCACCACGUUCAGGAAACCAUAUACCUUCAGAGGACACAAGGUCAAACAACCACGUAGUUCGGCAGCCAGCAGGUCCAGAUGGUACACAAGGCUUUCGCCAGCGCAGAUAGGAAUAAUAAAGGCCUGGGAGAAAAGGAGCUCUCUUGGUCCAUCUCCCAACAAACGGUUCAAAUUCAGAUAAUUUUUAAAACAAUAUUUAGGAUGUGGGAUGUUUAUGAAAUGAGGAGAGAACCUCUCAUCCUCACCCAUCAGGGCUCAGGAGCCAGUGUGGAAUGUAAAAGGGGAGGAAAUAACGUGGAAGAGCAAAUUUACACUGUGAUGAGGACUUCUUCCAGACACUGCUCACUGUGAUUCCUCUUCCCACCCCCCACCCCCCAAAAAAAAUCAGCUUCCCUCAACACCUUAACUUACUGUGACUGGUGACCCAUCUGCCAACAGACAGCAUUCAACCUUGAAGUGCUCUGGAAAUCAGUCAUGACCUCUGAGGAAGACGGUUGGAACAGAGUGAUGCCAUAUGAUGAUGUGCUGGAAGUGUUGUAAGAUGUUGCACAGGUCAUCAGCUCUCAGCAAUAAUAUUAAGGAUAUUUCUCUAUCAAUUUUCAUACUUUUCUUUUCCAGACUGCUCUUCCCAAGCUUUUGUAUUAGGUAUUUUUGGUUCAUUUUGUUUUAACUUGGUCAGCCAAUUGCCAUACGUUUUUAAUGGGGAAGGGAAUGGUGAGGGUUCGAUGGAAAUGAGUCAAGUUUUGUUUACAAUUAUUUUAUUAUAUUAUAAAAAAUAAUCCUGGGUCUUCCUAUGACAGUCCUGGUUUCUACAUAAAGAAAAAAUUAGAGUAAAAAUAAUUUUCUGCCUUUUAUAUUAGUUGGGAAGGUAGGAAUAUUUAAUAUCAAUUACAAAUUAUGUGUAAACUGCUUUUGGUUCUGGGGAAAAUGAAAAGGAGAGGAGCAAAGGGGAAAGAAUUACUGUUUUCUUGUGCUUCUUUUUUUCUUUAUCUGCUGAAGUAGGAACUCAGGUCAUAGACUGAAUUAAAUAUCUUAGUUUUGUAGCGGUGCAUGUGGAUCACCUGCCACAAGGUCACCUCAAACUGGAGUCCUAGAAGAAAUUAUUUAACUUUUUUUUUGUUAGUGCUGUAUUUCAAACAGCAAGCACUAGACUACCACACUGCAUCUCUCUCUCUCUGCCUCUAAAUUUCUUAGUCACAAACACAAUCCUUCGUUGGGAAAAAGUAUACAGGAAUAUCCUUUAACUUUUCAAAUGUCCAUCUGUUAUACUGUAUCAAACCAAACAGUUUGAGUUGUGUGUGAACAUGGCUACUUGCUUGUAAAUACUUUACAAAAAUGACCAUUUAAUAAACUUUUUAAAGUAA